GGCGCGCAGGGCGCGGCCGGCGCCUUCCAGUGCUCCUUCUGCCAGAAGACGUUCUCGCAGAAGAACACCUACCAGAACCACGUGCGCUCGCACGGCAAGGAGGGCGACGAUCCUUACCCGUGCACCAUCUGCGGCAAGACGUUCGCGGUGCCGGCGCGCCUCACGCGCCACUUCCGCACGCACACGGGCGAGAAGCCGUACCAGUGCGAGUUCUGCAAGAAGGCCUUCUCCGUCAAGGAGAAUCUGAGCGUGCACCGGCGCAUCCACACCAAGGAGCGGCCGUACAAGUGCGACGUGUGCGAGCGCGCCUUCGAGCACAGCGGCAAGCUGCACCGGCACAUGCGCAUCCACACGGGCGAGCGGCCGCACAAGUGCCAGGUCUGCUCCAAGACGUUCAUCCAGAGCGGCCAGCUCGUCAUCCACAUGCGCACGCACACGGGCGAGAAACCGUACGUGUGCAAGGCGUGCGGCAAGGGCUUCACCUGCUCCAAGCAGCUCAAGGUGCACACGCGCACGCACACGGGCGAGAAGCCGUACUCGUGCGACAUCUGCGGCAAGUCGUUCGGCUACAACCACGUGCUGAAGCUGCACCAAGUGGCGCACUACGGCGAGAAGGUGUACAAGUGCACCAUCUGCAGCCAGACGUUCACCUCCAAGAAGGCGAUGGAGGUGCACAUCAAGAGCCACUCGGAGCAGCAGCAGCAGCAGCAACCUCAGCAACCUCAGCAGCAGCAGCAGCAGCAGCAGCAGCAACAGCAAGCUCCUGCGGCGAGCUCUGCGCAGCACCAGUGGCACACGCCGUCGUCGCAGCAGCACCACCACCACCACCAGCAACAGCCGCAGCAACACCACCAGCAGCCCCAGCAGCAGCACCACCUACCUCCGCCGCCAGCGCCGUCCCCGGAGCCUCGUCUGGAGGCGGAAGUGGCACGCAAGGCGACAGAAGUGGCGGCGUCGAUGGAAGACGACGCGGGCAACCCCGUGAGCGUGCGCGACAUGUGCUACUACUACUUCUACCCGCCGUCGGGGGCUGCGCCCGUCCCACCCGCCCACGCGGGCCAGGGCGUCGGCGGCAGCCUGACGCCGCCCGCCAGCGUCGAAGACGACGAGCACUUCGCGCGCGCCGACACGGCCGUGCCGCUGAGCGAGCCGCCCGUCUACCUGUUCCCCGAGCCCUUGGGUUCGAUGCGCGGCCGCGCCACGCCGUACGACUUGCCCGUGCCGGCGUGCCUGCCCGUCUCGCCCGUACCCGCCGCUCCCGCGUCGCCCGACCGCCGCGACGCCUGUUCGCUGCCGCCCCGCAAGCGCUGCAAGCAGAUCCUCAAGUCCAUCGCGGCAGCGGCCGCCGCCGAACCAGCCAUCCGCUACAGCUCCGUCAUACACUACGCGGGGGCCUCGUAAGUGCCGUCGGACACUUCCGUCGCUUAACGUUCCGUCGCUCGCGAGUAAAACACUGGGACUUCUCACAAGUGAAGCGAAGUGACUCCGCGAGUGACUACAAUACGGACAAAUUGUAGGCUAGUCAGAACGACUGUUCAGGGUACUUUGCGUCUAGCCUAUAGCCGAGUGAGAUGAGGAAAUGCGAGCUCAGACGCGCAUUUGUACAGUGUUCUGCUCCAGUUAGUGGACUCGUGUCUAACUGGAGGACGUCAAAAUUUUCAUAGAGUUAUAGCUGACAGCAGUACUGUUAUUACUAAAGGUACUUGUCCCUCCGCUGGUCCUUCCUAAACCAGGUAUCCGUACGCCAUUUGAAACUGUUCGCCGCUGUAUUUGAAAAUAUCCCAGUUAUUCUAAUUUAUUUGCUACAGUAGUCAUGACUAACUCUAAGAACACUCUUGCCUUGGUGGCGUAGCUGUUUGGAUACAAAUCAAAAGACGGUUCAGCACUUCGGAUAUAUUCACUUGUUUCUGGUCGUUAACGACGUUACCUUUCAAUACUGUCAGACAAUAUACUCACAUUUUUGUAGCAUCUUGUUCUCACGUAAACUUCGUCUCACGAUUUUCAUCAUAUAUGUAUGACAUUUGAAACUUAUAAUACAGUCCCGUUUACGAGUAUGCAGGCGCAUUAAACGCAUUGUCGUCUGAUGUAUAAUUUGUCUGUUUUGGCCACAUCGACCAAGGGGUCGGUAGCCAGUGAGACCAGUAGAUUUAUAUCGAAACAGCUGCUCCCGCCAGACACCGCGCCGAGCCUCUUACUAGAGAAAACAGUAUUUGUUUUAUUACAUAAACCAAAGGUACCAUAAAAUACUUGGUCUACAUUUUCUCAAUGCCCAAAUACACCUACCCUUCCUGCAAGCUACUUCAUAAGCUACACAUGUUCAUUACUCCUAUUCCUGUUUAAUUCAUUCACAGAAAGCAGAUAAAACAUUCAGGCUGAAUGUCCUGUUGGAGGGAUAAGGACACGACGGUUUCCGCUCCUUUCUUUUUUUUGCUGUCCGUGUGUGUCGAAUGUACUUUUUCUUUAAGAGCUCGCUCAUCUCUCUUCUUUUUUUAUUGUUUUUUUUAUGAGUAACGAGGAAUAGCGCUCAGUGAAAUUCGUACCCAGCUGAUCUCAAACAGACUGGAUUCACUAUGAUCCUUUCACAGAGAGUUACAAACCUCGCGAGCACGACUGAGUGUCAAAGACUGCACUAUGACGAGUUGACAAGACUGUACAUACAAGCAGCACUGGGUUGCUCCGGAUCAUUUUAGCAAUAAAGAAACAAAGAAAUGUAGUAACCUGCGUGCAGGUACCUCAAAUCAGAAUUUUGCUCUGUACUGCACAAGAAAAAGUUUUUUGAUAUGUUUAGGAGCAUUUGCGAUAUCUGGUAACGAGAGAGAAGAAAUUAUUUAGCUAAAAAUUGUUGAACACUUGUGCUAAUGUAUAUUUUACUUUCGCUGUUUCUUAAAAUUACGAAGUCCUCACCAAAGUACAAACGCAUCAGUAGCAAGAAGAAAUAAAGUGUAAAGAUUCAUGAGGCCUUGUGACAGUGUUUCUACAUUUUUUUGUGAAAGACAAUUUUUCGUAUACAAGAAAUUUCAACAUUUUGCAUCCCGAAAAUAUUCAGAAAUGCUAGUUGUUUAUUCAGGUGCCAAUAUACACAUUCUAAACCGUUGAAAGUUACAGUAAGUUUAGUCUUUGGAGCUGGCCUUCAGAGCCACGUUUAUGUCCCCUUGUGUGGAUGGGGUCCCAUAAAGCAUUUUCCAUUUUUAUGUGCACAGUUGCCUUCUUUGGUGCCUGAUGCAUAAUGGUUGAAACUGAUCUGAUUCCAUCGUACAUACAAAUGGCCUUUCGAAAAAGAAUGUCAGUGUCAGAGUUUGUGUUGAAACGUGUACAAUAUUAAAAUUGCAUGGAGUAUAUUAUAGAUCUAAGAGAGCUCGUCUAGUGUCUAUUCCAGAAGUCUUUGUUGUGUUAAUGAAUGGCAAGUUCCUUAUGAGUCAACAUAUGUAUGUCCUUUGUGUUGUAAUUAUGUAUGUAAUAAUAGUAUGAGUCGUUCAUGUUAUACAGAAGUGGUAUGUGCCAUGUGAAAUUGACUAGAUUAUCUGUUGUCAUAGUUUAGAUUGUCAUAGCUGAAUGUUGUGCACAAUCAUAGCAGUGUAUGGUCUUUAUACAUAUAUCAGGGAUUAUUAUUUCACAAUUUUUUGAAAUAUGCCUCACAAGUGACUCAUUUUUGUACAACAGUUGGGAACAAAUCCUCAAAGAACAACAGUUAUUUUAUUGGAACAAAAACAGCUGCAAUUGUUGUUUCAGUUUUUAAUUAACAGAGUACAAAGUGAUUUAAGAUACUUAAAUGCCAACAAUGUAUUUGUGUGGUAAAAUGUGCAGAUUAUUUCUACACUUUAUUGGCUUCGUCUGCCUAGUAUUCUGAUUUCUAGAAACAGUUAUUGAUAUUGUUAUUUUAAUAAGAAAAAUACAUCUCUUUAUAAACUGUGGUUUACGGAAAUCAAACUGUAAAGUUGUUUUAUAUAUUUGUUGUUAUUUUAAAAACAAUUGCAAAGAAAAAUUUAAUGAUAAAUUAUGAAAGUGUUAAUUUAACCUCAGGUUUAUUGGUUUUUGAUCAAAGUCGAUGUACAUACUGUAAUCAUGCUUUAGAAAAUCAAUAGUGAUCAACCAGAAUCUAUAUGACUCACAAAAAACAAAUUGUUUUUAUCUCAGGAUUACACAUUAAUACUUAUGUAACUGCUAAUGCAGAGCUAGCUGUUCCACACCAUUAUCAUAUACACAAAUACAUUAUCUACAUUUUGUUAACUUUUUCUGCAAUUUGUGGGGUAAAAGCACGUAUACAGAUGUAAAAUUACGUAGAAUACUUCUUCACCCUUAUUUUUGCACCAAGAAAUGCUGAAAUUAUUUUAAACUUUUCUUAAAAGUUCCAUACAAGUAAUCUCAGGAAAAACAAUUAGUACUAUUGCUGUUACAUUACGUAAGUAACAGCUCACACUAGAUAUCCUGUCGUACCUGCAAUACGUAAUACCAAAAAUCGUGAUGUGUAACUUUGUGUCAUAACUCAUAUGAGUUUCUUCUUUUUACAGUAGACAACUGUGACCCACAUCGUUUUCAUAUACUGGACUGCUGUGGCAGACAUAAGAUUUGUUAUUAGCACUGUAGAGCUGGUCUUCAAUUUUUGAUCGAGCAUAAGCAAAGUUUAAUUCUUAAUUGCUCAGAAACUAUUACCUCAGGAACGAUUUAGGGCUACUUUAUGUAUACCUCUUUGCCAUAGCACUUACGAGUGCUUUAAUUUAUUUCAGUAAACUGAUAGCAUGGAACUAUAUGUUGAUAUAAUUAUAUGAUUAUAAUAUACAGUAUGUACAAUGAAAUGGAGUAUACCAGAGACAUGUCAUAUAAAAUGUGUUCAAGAUUACCAUAUUGAUUCUGUAUGUGUGUGUUAAAAAGACAAUCUCAAAUUAUCUACAUAUAUACCUAUGCAACCACAAAUUGUUUAACUAAUGAUGACGUCAGUUUCGGAAAUA